CAUCUCUCGCCGAGGAGGUCGCGCAGGACUCAGUCACAGGAGGCUCCCCUCCCACGGAGCGCCUCGCCUCGCCUCGCCUCGCCUCGUCCUUUCUCUCUCCCUCCCAGCUCUCCAACCUCAUCUUCUUUUACACUCUUCUGUUUUUGCGCCUCUCCUUUCCACCCACUUGACGCGCUUCAACGGAGAGAGCAGUGGGACGCUGCUGCUGAUGUCGGCCGGUGGGUCUUCUGUUCAUGCGCUCAAAAGCAGAGAAGUGAUCGAGGAGCAGCUGAAGGAGCAGCUGAAGGAGCAGCUGAAGGAGCGUGUAGGGCGGCUGCGAGCUGGAAGAAGGACCAUGGUCAGAGUGGCCGGUGUCGCUGUCCCGGCGCUUCGCGAUCGCCAGCUGUGAGAAGGUCUCACAGCCACCCAGGUGAAGAUGGGACACAUUGGUACCACAGUCCUGCUGUUCCUUGCGGCGGUCACCUUGCCAGACCCAGGUGUGGCGUGUCCGCGACCAUGUGCCUGCUACCAGCCCACGGAGGUGCACUGCACCUUCAGGUCCCUCCUGGCGGUCCCCACUGGUGUACCUGCACUUGUGGAACGCAUGAAUCUGGGGUUUAACUCCAUUAAUAGGAUCACAGCCAGCACUUUUGCUGGAUUAAGAAAACUGGAACUUCUUAUGAUGCAUGGAAAUGAUCUACACAGUAUCCCCAAUGCAGCUUUUAAAGAUCUCAUAUCAUUGCAGACCUUCAAACUGAGUUACAACAAACUUAGACUGAUCUCAAGACAAACUCUUCUGGGGCUCUCAAGCUUGAGCAGGCUGCACCUGGACCACAACCGAAUUGAGUUUAUCCACCCGGAUGCCUUUCAAGGCCUGACUGCCCUUCGACUAGUCAAUUUGGAGGGGAACUACAUUCAGCAACUCCACCCCUCGACCUUCAGCACCUUCUCACUCCUGCAGCGUUUCCACCUCUCCACUUUAAAGUCCCUGUACCUCUCAGACAACAGGCUUUCCACGUUCCCCAGAGAGAUGCUAGAGAGCAUGCCACAGCUGGAGAGCCUUUAUAUUCACGGGAACCCUUGGUCCUGCGACUGCAGGAUGAAAUGGUUCUUUAACUGGAGCUCACAUUCUUCAGAUGUGCUGAAGUGUAAGAAAGAUAAAACCUACCCAAAUGGGGAGCAGUGUCCACAAUGUUUUUCACCAAAGCAUCUGAAGAGUAAAGACAUCUUGGAACAAGAGGAACUCACAUGCAGGGGUCCCAUUAUCAGUUCAGAACCCCGCAAUUCAACUUCUGAGGACACUGACAGUGAUGUUUUUCCCUUGGAGGAUUUCAGGGAAAUUUUUGGAAAUAUCACAUUGAACCUAUCAGAUGAGCAUGGGAAUAAGGUGGACCUUGACUGUACGGUUAGUGAACCUAGAGAGCCUAUGACAUUUUCUUGGAACUACACAAACACUCAACAGAUCUUUGCAAACAUGACACUCUUUGUGGACCUCGUCUGUCCAGUUGAUCGUGCAAACUAUGAAAAAUUAUGGAAGCUCAUUGCAUAUUACAGUGAGGUUCCGGUGUAUCUGCAGAGAGAGGUCAUGUUGAGUAAAGAACCAAAGUUAAGUUACAGAUACAGGCAAAAUAUGGAAAGAGAUGCUUUUUACUAUACAGGGGUUAGAGCCAGUAUGAAAUCUGAGCCCUCUUGGCUUAUGCAGUCACUGGUUAAGCUACAGCUGAACAGACAGCAGUCAACUGGUAAAAGUGUCAAGAUAAUGUUCAGCACACUUUUUUCACAAACUGUAGAGACAGAUAUGACCAGAGUGCAACCAAAGACAUGGGUCCUGAUAGAAUUUAAAAAUGAGACCAGGACUACACUGACUGCAGUUGUGGGAAGUGUGACUGAAAUGGAUUGCAAUGUCCUAAGUUCUGGAGAUCCACUAAUUGAAUGGAUGCUUCCGAAUGGUUCCAAGGUUGUUGCGCCAUACAACAGUUCAGACAAUAGAGUCUCUGUGUCCAGCACUGGUAGACUAGUGAUUAAAUCAGUUCACCACACAGAUUCAGGCAUGUAUUACUGCCUUGCUCAAGUGCCACAUGACCUUGAUGUUCUUCCUUUUCGGCUAGCUGUUGAGGAAUCUUCAAAUCCUCCACCAGGAGAUGAAAGAGGUUCCCCAGUAAGCAAGUUUGUUGGUGAACCCAUUACUUUACCAUGUGAAGCUUCCGGUAUGCCAAAUGCGGAAGUAAACUGGAUUCUUCCCGAUAACAGGGUGAUGAAUUUUAAAACAAAUUCAUCCAAGGUUUUUGUGUUUGCAAAUGGGACAUUAUUUAUAAGUCAGAGUCAGCUUACUGACAGCGGAUAUUACAAAUGCGUGGCUUUGAACCAACAUGGGGUAGAUUUACUCGCUACUAAAGUAACUCUUACAAGGCGACAUGGUGUGCGGCCAUUGAGAAAGUUUCCUAUGAGGCCCCAGUCUGCCUCAGGUGCUUCCACUAAAGUGAAAUCCUUCCUGCAGGAAGAUGAAGAGGCAUCUGGGGAUGGUAAUAUUCAGGAGAGAUCUUCCUCAAGUCAACCAAACUUGCUAAACAAAAGAAGGAGUCAGAAAGCCAAUCCUCAAGGACAUCCUUCAAGAAAAACUUGGAGACGGCCUUACAUGCGUAGAAAACCAAAUCAGAAAGUUUUCCAAGAAGAAUAUGGAAAAAAUGCAGCUGGCUCUAAACGAAGGACUAACAUCUUAAGCAAAAAGAUAGACCCACAGCAGUGGGCUAAUAUUUUGGCAAAAAUUCGCGAGAAAACAAAUGCGGAAACUGAAACCAGUUCCAGUUCAGUUCCAACUAGUUCCCCAACAAAGAUGAAAAAACUUCAUAACAAAUUGGUAUUUAAUCACAAAUCAAAUUCAGGCUCUUCUGCUGGUUUCACAAGCCUGCAAGAGGAAAAGCAUUUUACAUUCACAUUACAAACUGUAACUCAAAAUGCUGAGCAUCAAAUAGCUACUGACGCACCACCGACUGAAACACUGAGUAACAGCAUUUAUCAAAUAUCUGAACCGAGAAUUACUGUUGACCUGAGUGCUCCAACAGCUAGUAGUAGUAUUUUUCAUUCCACAUCUGGUUGGCAAGAAUUUAAUGACAUUGUCACAGAGAGAAAUGUAAGGGAAUAUAAUCCAAACUAUUUGCAUACAACACAAAGUGUGCCUAUUUGGAAAACUAAGAGCAGUACAUUACACAGCAGUCCCACUUUCUCCAUUUCUACAGUACUUCCAACAUGUGACGGAUGUCCAGCAUCAAACAGCAAUGAACUUCCUACCACAGAAGACUUAAGAGAAACUACACAAACUGGGAUGACUACAAAUAAUGUUGAUUAUAAAAAAACUGUAUACAGCCCUACAAAAGUUAACUUAUUAAAUAUCUACACAACAGCUGUACCUGAUGUUACACAGAAGAAUGGCAUCUAUGAUGCACAGGAUAGGUCUCAUCAAGUCCUAACGACUGCUGCUCCAACUACCAAACCCACUAGUACUGAAGGGCUGAGAUCUCACUCAAGAAAGCCAUGGAAUUUGAGAAGGAGGUUUGGAGGCAGAAGAAGACCAAACGGAACAAGAAUGAGGCCGCAUAAUUCUAAGCCGUCUGCACAGUUGCCUCAUGCCAGAGAAAGACCGUCCUUGGCAUCCGUACUUAAAGUUAUGACCACGACGCCUUCUCAUAAAGUAGAAACAUCAACAGAAGCCAAAGCCACAUUAGCAAAAGCCACAAACGCUGUUUCUCCAGCUGACCACCAGGCGUCAUCAGAUCAGAUGAGUCAGAUUGAAAACACUGACUCUUUAUAUCGUGAUAGUAUUAACUCAAUAUCCAAAGCCUUUGUCAAAUCCACUGUGUUUUCAGAAACACCAAACUCUGUUGGAUCAAGCACUAAGCAACCAUAUAUUGUCACAAGUCCAACAUUUGCCACAGUGACUCAAGAGGCUUCUGUGGGUGUUGUAAAAGGGCUCAAGAAGAUGAAUGAGGACAAAGAGCCCACUGAGGCAUUUCCAGCUUCACUGGCAGACCACAUAACUGUUACACUGGCAGCUGUUCAGGAAGAUUUUACAAGUAGUACUGUUUCAACAGAGAAACCAUCUGAUGAGACUGAAACUGAAAAUGCUGCUGAAGAUAUUAACAUCACAGUAAGUCCUGUCAAGUCCAAACAACGUUCAUCCAUAGAACUGGAAGCUUCAGUGAUUAAAGAUGUCAUCAAAGUGGAUAAUAAGAAUAAAUAUGCAGAUUAUACAGGAAUGUCACUUAACAAUGAAAAAAGUUCACCUCUGCCUUUGUCCUCUGUUGCCCCAAGAAGCUCUACAGAUAUCCAACUUCAAGUCACGAAAUUAUCAGAUUCACGUAUACAUAGCAUUACUCUAGCAAGUAAUUUUGAAGAUUCCGAGAAAAAUACAAAGGUUCUAGUAGCAACCAAACCCCCAUUCAUCUCUGAUAACUCAUAUCGAGAAUUUGUUUUUAGCACAAUGUCCAGCAGUGGUACAAUUUUCAAUGUCACUGCUCCUACGUCACGCAUACCGUCAACAACAGAAGAAAAUGUUUUUUCUACAACUGCAACGAUUAACAGUUCAGUAACAGUUGCGCCACAAAUAACUCAGUCAACAGACUCUGCAACAAGGACUACAUUAUCAGUGAUCAAUCCUCAAAUUGGCAUCUCACCAGCAACAACAAUAACAGCAACAACUCCAAAAGUAAAGCUAAGUAUACCAUUCCAAGACUAUGACUCCAACCGUGUAAAAACAGGACCACAUCACAUCUUCAGAAACACUGGAGUAAAUUACAUUCCAGACAGGCAUCAGGAAAGAAUACCCAGUGUAGAUCAGAGGUACCCGUAUCAUCCAAACAGGAACGUCCCAGGGAGGUCUGACCUCAGCAGGACCCCUGCUAUGACUCGGCCAACUGUGAAUACCUUCUACAACUCCGUAAACUCCAAACCAGGCUCAGUUUUCCAUGUCAUGUCAAUCGCUCCAAAAACAGCAGCAGCAAGAACCACUGCCUUGUCCCCAUCUGUGAAGAAGACAGCAACCAGUGCUUUAACAAGUACCUCCAGGACAGCAAUGUCUCACCCACCCACGGUUCAGCCACGACUAGGUAAAACCAGACCUCCAAGUGCACCAGCUUUCCCACAUAUCGCUGUCAUUCAGGGUGUGUCCCAUGAGCCACAGCAACAUCUUGACAGACCUAUCCAAAGAACAAGGCCCAAGAUCAGUACCCCCGACCUGCGUACAAUGUCAGUUCAGGCCGAGGUGGAUGUCGUUUUACCCUGUGAGACUGUUGGGGAACCAAAGCCGUUCCUGUCCUGGACUAAAGUUUCCACAGGGGCCAUGGUUGCGAUGAACACAAGGAUUCACAGGUUUGAGGUUCAUCCAAAUGGGUCACUUGUAAUCCGAAGAGUACAGCUUCAGGACCGCGGGCAAUACCUGUGCACUGUGCAGAACCAGUAUGGUGUGGAUAAGAUGAUUGUCACCCUCAUUGUUCUGGCCCAGAAGCCCCAGCUGCUGCAGCCCCAGCACCGUGAUGUGACUGUGAACCUUGGGGAGAGCAUCAGCCUGGACUGCCAAGCUCAGGGGCUCCCUGCCCCACAGAUAGCCUGGGUCUUACCCAACAGGACCACCCUGCGCAUGGCCUCUGGUAUAGACCAGCGGGUCAUGCUCUUGGCCAACGGAACUCUAUCAGUUAAAUCCGCCAGUCACCCAGAUAGUGGGAUUUACCAGUGCACAGCAAGUAAUGCAGCUGGAACAGUGACUCUGUCUGUGCAACUGCAUAUCACAGCCCUACCACCUGUGAUCGAGCAGCCGCACCAGGAGAACAUUACUCUCACAGAGGGCCAGGCGGCCUACAUCCAUUGUUCUGCCAGGGGUGCCCCGCAGCCCGGCAUCCGCUGGGUUCUGUUCAACAGACUGCAGGUCCGCCCUACACAGUUUGUCAGUGGCAACCUGUUUGUGUUCCCCAAUGGGACGCUGUACAUUCGCAGCUCAUCGGGAAGGGAUGCUGGGAACUAUGAGUGCAUGGCCAACAAUGCCAUGGGAGCGUCCAAGAGGAUCGUCGUUCUGACAGUGAAGAAAAACUCAUCCACAGCCAAAAUCACCUCUGCUUCCCCACAGAGAACUGAUGUGACCUAUGGGGGGCAGCUACGCCUCAAUUGCAUUGCCUCUGGAGAUCCAGGCCCCAGAAUUAUUUGGAGAAUCCCAUCCAAGAAGUUGGUGGAUGCACAUUACAGUUUUGAUCCUAGGAUCAAAGUCUUCAGCAAUGGAACUCUGACAGUUGAGACAGUAACAGAAAAGGAUGAGGGAGAAUAUUUGUGUGUUGCCAGAAACAAAAUGGGAGAUGAUUAUGUACUCUUAAAGGUUAGUGUCAUGAUGAAGCCAGCCAAGAUUGAGUACAAGCACCUGGCUAAUCAGAAAGUGUUUUAUGGCGAAGACUUAAAAGUGGACUGCAUCGCGUCUGGCCUUCCCAACCCAGAGAUCAGGUGGGGUCUCCCAGAUGGAACCAUGGUGAAUAGUGUCAUGCAGUCUGAUGACAGUGGAGUUCGCACCAGAAGAUAUGUUGUCUUCAGAAAUGGAACCCUUUAUUUUAAUGAUGUUGGAAUGAAAGAGGAGGGAGACUAUACUUGUUAUGCUGAGAACCAAAUUGGGAAGGAUGAGAUGAAGGUUCACGUUAAAGUAGUGACAGCCUCUCCCGUCAUCAGAAACAAAACUUAUGACGUUAUAAGAGUACCUUAUGGGGAUUCCGCUUCUCUGAGGUGCAGUGCUAAAGGAGAACCCAGCCCAACCAUCACAUGGUUCUCACCUACUAAUCGUGUUAUUCCAUCCUUCUCAGAAAAGUACCAGGUACACAAUGAUGGGACUCUUGUUAUCCAGAAGGUCCAGAGGUUUGACGGUGGCAACUACACCUGUUUGGUUCGGAACACUGCAGGACAGGACCGAAAAGUGAACAGGAUAGAGGUGCUUGUCUCUUCCCCCACCAUCAAUGGACUGAGGAGCGCAGUAAACACAGUCAGGGAAGUAGCUUAUAGAGAUCAACGCAAACUGCUGAACUGCAAAGCAGAGGGAAUGCCAACACCAAGAAUUCUGUGGAUCCUACCUGAGAACAUAGUCCUUCCAGCACCGUAUUAUGGAAGCAGAAUAACAGUACACCGCAAUGGUACUCUAGAUGUCCGAGCCUUGAGGAAAACUGAAUCGAUAGAGUUGACCUGUAUUGCUCGAAAUGAAGGUGGGGAGGCCAGGCUAGUAGUCCACCUGGAUGUGCGAGAGCAUGCUGAAGUGAAGAAACCACAACUGAAGAGUACAAAAACUGACAUCAUCACUCUCACCAUUGGCAAGGUCAUGACUCUAAAUUGUUCAUUCGAAGGAAAAGGGCCCCCACAAAUUGCCUGGAUUCUUCCCACUGGGUCUACACUUUUGAGUGGGGUCCAGUUUUCAAAAUACUUCCACAGACUUGAUGGAUCCCUGCAGAUCAGUAAUCCCACAGUCUCGGAGGCUGGGAUGUACCGCUGCGUUGGCCGUAACCAGGCUGGGCAUAGCGAGCGAAGUGUGAUACUGGAGGUGGGGAAGAAGCCAGACAUAAGCAAUAAAUAUAACUCCUUGGUGAGCAUCAUCUAUGGGGAGAACUUGCAGCUCCACUGCCUGUCCAAUGGCAACCCACCACCCAAGCUGUCCUGGACAUUGCCCAGUGGUAUGGUCCUCACCCGGCUGGAGACAAUAGGCCGCUAUGCAGUACUGCAGAAUGGAACCCUCAACAUCCAGCAAGCCUCCAUCUACGACAGGGGCACGUACAUCUGCAGGUCAAUGAAUGAGUAUGGAGCCUCGUUGAUGACAGUGCCAGUGAUUGUUGUUGCGUAUCCACCUCGUAUCACCAGUGGUCCUGGCCCAAUUACCUAUGCCAGGCUUGGUGUGGCAAUUCAGCUCAACUGCAUGGCCAUUGCCAUUCCUAAGGCAGAAGUAAUCUGGGAGAUGCCUGAUAAGACACAACUGAUGGCAAACAAUCAGCCUAGGCUCUUUGGCAACAAGUAUCUUCACCCUCGAGGCUCUUUAAUCAUUCAGAACCCAUCCACUAGAGAUGCAGGUUCCUACAAAUGUACUGCUAAAAAUAUUGCUGGGAAUGACUCUAAAAUGACAUACUUACGUGUAUUUUGAUUAAUAAUGACAUAUAUCUAGUUGCCCAAGGAACUGCGGAGGUCAGUGCAGUAAAUACUGUUUAGACAAAAUCUUUGGUUGCUAGAGUAUUUGAGAAAAAACUGAAUGAAAAGGGUAAUUGUAAGGGUAAUGUAAACGAACCAGAAAGCCAUAUUGUUAGGGAAAGGAAUAAAAAAAUUGGUAAAAUACAGAAAUUACAUUUGAAUUUGCAAUUCCUCGUAUUCAAUCAUUCCCAUAAAACUAAAAAGAUCCCCUUUAAGUUUCCUAGUUUGAUAGCAAAUUUACUUACUUUUCAAUCAUUUCCUUUUCUAUCAGCAACAAUUCUCAGAAAAAGUAUUUUCUUUUUUCUCAAUGCUAUCAGAAAUAAGAUGGUGCUGGCAUAAAAAUGUGAUGUCAGAGAACUGCAAAACUAUUUCAGGGAUCAAAACAAAAACUGCUGUUUCAAUGUUACAUUACAUUCAAGGAAUAUUCCUCAAACCCUGUAUUUCUCUAGACUCUUAUCCUAAAGUGGACUUGGUAUCAUAUGAAACAUUGCUGUUAGUUCAUUAAUAUUAAUAUAAAUUUGAUUCCUCAAAAUCUUAGUAUACCUGUUGUGCCUAACAAAAUUACUAAUGAGCUGAUUUAAUGAGAAAACUUAAUAGGCAAUAUUUCAUUGUUAUUUAUAUUUCAGGCUGAGAGUAGCACUCUAC